CGGAGCAGCCGAUCGAGCGCCAGCGGAGCGGCCACCCCUCCCCUCUACCUCUCUCUCUCCCUCUGCCACUCAGUCUGCCUCUCAGUCUCUCUCUCUCUCUCUCUCUCUCUCUCUCUCUCUCUCUCUCUCUCUUUCCCACCCCUCUCUACCCUUCUCCCUCUCUCUCCCUGUUUCUCUGAUAUCGUCCUAAGUUUGAGCGCCCUCGCUUGAAGAAGCUGAAACGACUGCAUCAAAAAUCUCCUCGCGUUUCUGUUUCUGCUCGUUUUUUCUUAUUUUGUCUCUUUCUAUGAUUGUGUGAAUAGUGGCGAUAGAGAGAGUGGUCGAGCGAGGGGACCGCAGCACGCAGCACCGCUCUCUCUCUCUCUCUUGUUUUUAUUUCUGUCUCGUCAAAACUUAUUGUCAAGACCCAACUACCUACUCCGCUAGAGCUGAACGGCGACGGGACGACGGCGAAAGAAAUAGACAGAUAAAAUAAUAUUUUGGGGCUUUUUGUGUGUUUUUCACCAUCGUGAACCGGUGAGGACUCUGGCUGUUUUCAGCUUUAACGGUCACCCCUCUCUCUUUCUCUUUAUCUCUCCCUUUUUCUCUGUUUUGGCCUCUGACAGAGACACCCCACACUCUCACCGGCGGACAGAGGACUCCUCUUCGCUUUGACUGGUCACUUUUCACCAUUUCACCAACUUUUUACGCCUUUCUUCACUUUUUCUCCUGUAAAAAAGACGCGUUAGCAUCUAAUGCUAACCCUCCUCUCACAAUUUACCUCAGAGCUGCAGCGCGCGAGCACCAAACCAACGGUCGGCCGGCGUCUCCCAGGGCAACCACAUAAGCGCUCCGGUGUUUUUUGGUUUUUGAGUGAUUUUUGCGAGUUUUACCUUUUUUUUUUGUCUUUUUUGGACUGAAAAAUAUAUAAAAAAACGAAGCUUGGUGCCUCCAAAUAGGUGGAACUCUAAUUUAAAAGGACUUUAAAUCACUCCCAGCCGAAAGCUUGUCAGCAUUGUCAGUUUGUUUUUUCACGGGACAAAAGUGGAAAAGUUCGCAAAGAAGCAGAGCAAUGCUAAACUAGCUAAUAAGCUAAGCUGAACUAACCCGCGGAGAAAAAAAAGCGCUCAGACACGGGAAAGAAGCUCAACAGAGACUCCAUCUAGCUCGAGCUCGACCACCGUCCCGUCCCCAUACCUAGCUUACUGAUUUUAGGGGGAGUGUUUGUUGUGGAGCAGAAGAAGCUGUGAAAGAGGGGGUGGAGGUGCUGCUGGAAGAAAAGGAAGAAUUGAAAGAGGAGGAGGAGAAGGAAGAGGAGGAGAAGAAGACAGAGGGGAAAAAACGACAGAGGAAAAAAAAGAGAGAGAAACACAGAGACAGACAGCAGAUAGCUAGCUAACCUAGGUUCUAGCUAUAGUUUUGAGGGUGAAGCAGCUAACGUUACAGCUAAUUGCUAGCUAAGUCCGUCCCUCAUUACCAUAAGCGGCGUGUCCGCUGGCCCUCAGCCAGCCCCCCCCCCUCACACAUUAUUAUUCACCAUCAUAAUUACACCCCGACCAUGCGCAGUCCGCGCAGCCCCAGCGCCACAUCAUUUUACCCCGUUUUUUUUCUUGCGCCACUCGACUAUUUGUGAACAUUUCGUUGCGUCCUCGCUCGCGCGUGUGUGUGUGUACGCGCGCGCUCCCUCGCUCGCUGCUGGUGGGGAUUCAUUUCUGUAUGUGUGUGUGUGUACGCGCGCGAGUCUGAGUGUGUGAACGACUGUGUGUGUGCGUGUAUGUGUGUUUCUUCCCCUCCUCGCUGCUGAUGUAUGUGCCAACAGCAGGAGCUGGAGUGGCAGCGUGUCCUCAGCAAUGUCCCGUCGGAAGCAAGCAAAGCCGCAGCACCUCAAGUCCGAGGACGAGCCUUCAGACCUGGGGGGACUUUCUCAGAAUGUCUCAGGCGAGGUCCUGGACGACGCCGACAGCGGUAACGAGAGCCGCAGCGGGAGCGAGGAGACCCACGUGUGUGAGAAGUGCUGUGCAGAGUUCUUCAAGUGGUCCGAUUUCUGUGAGCAUUUGAAGAGCUGUACCAAGAACCCGCUAGUGCUUAUUGUGAAUGAGAAUGAGGUCACACCGGAUCCAGCACAGGAGUACCCGGCCGAGCCCUCACCUGUACCCAGCUGCCCGAGCGAGCCUGCACUCAGCGAGGAGGCAGCAGAGGGCCGCCACACACCGACUGAUGCUGACGAGAGUGGAGAGAUGACUUUGGAGAGGGGAGCCACACUGGACAAGGAGGAUGAGCCUAUGGAUAUGGAACUGUCUCCCGAGAAACCGAUAGAUGCUGAAGAUCCAGAAGCAUCACCAGAGCCGGAUGUCAACCUACCUCCGCUUGAGGAUACACCGCAACUGUCUGGGGCAGCUUACAACAUGCCCAGCACAAACGUCACAUUAGAGACACUGCACGGGACCCGGGUGGCUGUGGCACAGUUCUCCCAAAGUUUCCGUGGAGCAGUAGCUAGUAGUGUGUCCACCAUGGCCAUUCCCAUGAUUCUGGACCAGUUGAUGGCUUUGCAGCAGCAGCAAAUCCACCAGCUUCAGCUGAUAGAACAAAUCCGCAGUCAGGUGGCACUAAUGAACAGGCAAACCCCUUCACAGUCAGCUCUCAAUCAUCACGCACACCACAGUACAAAUGCUGGCUCACAGGCAGCUUCAUCCACUGGCCUUCCCACUAUGUCUAGCCAGCUCCAGCUGCAUGGGUUCAUUACACCACCUGUUCACCAACUGCCUAUCAGGGUGCCACCCACUUUAAAUGGACAGGGGCCAGCCUCCUUGUCCUCUGCUUUGGAAGGAAGCCACUCCCACGUCUCACAAACAGGCAGCCAAUUGCCAAGUUCCAUAAUGAACAGCAACACCUCAACAAAUUCCUCGUAUCCACCAUCCAGCUGUAGUGUAGUUCCUUCUUUGCUGCCACAGAGUUCAGUCACUAGCAGUAGCAGCAGUAACAGCAGUAGUAGUAGUGCUGGAGCUGGUAUCAGUAGCAGCAUUUCCCUCCCAAGAAACACUUCCAGUCCACCAACACUGACCCAUGGAAGCCUGCUGACCUCACCUUCCAAUCUCCCCCUGAUACCUCAUAGUUCUUCAAGUAGUGUUAUCUUCCCCAACCCACUGGCCAGUAUCGCAGCCACAGCCAAUGCACUUGAUCCCCUCUCUGCUCUAAUGAAGCACCGCAAAGGAAAGCCUCCAAACGUCUCUGUGUUUGACACCAAGCCUAGCUCAGAAGAUCCCUUCUUUAAACACAAAUGCAGGUUUUGCGCUAAGGUGUUCGGAAGUGACAGUGCCCUCCAAAUACACCUUCGCUCCCACACUGGUGAAAGGCCUUUCAAGUGCAAUAUCUGUGGCAAUCGCUUUUCAACAAAAGGGAACUUGAAAGUUCAUUUUCAGAGACACAAAGAAAAGUAUCCACACAUUCCAAUGAAUCCCUACCCCGUCCCUGAGUACCUGGACAAUGUGCCAACCACCUCAGGUAUUCCUUAUGGCAUGUCUCUGCCUCCAGAGAAGCCUGUUACCACGUGGCUGGACAGCAAGCCUGUUUUGUCCACAGUCCCAACCUCGGUAGGGCUGCAGCUUCCCCCGACCCUGCCCAGCAUGAUUGGGGGAUUUGGAGAUUCACCUAGUCUCACCCCUUUAAACAGGUCACCUCAGAGGCCAUCACCACCAUCGAGUGAGUGUGCAUCUCUGUCACCCAAUGUCCUCAGUACUGAAACCAGCACAAUCCUCACGUCAGCAUCUCCACAGCCCAACAUGGGGAGUGACGCACCCCCAGUUUUGAAGCCUGAGGGAAUUCAUUUGCCACCCAACUGUACCACCAGGCCGGGGGAGUCUAGCAUGUCCUCCGCUACUAUGACCCAAGUUGUACUAUCAGCCACUGUCACUACCACAACUACCACCACCACCCAAAUCACAGACUCAGUAACCCCUCCAUCAUCUGUCUCUCAUCCUUCGCUCCCAGUGAUCUCAGAUCAGUUCAAAGCCAAGUUUCCUUUCGGUGGCCUCUUGGACUCUAUGCAAACAUCAGAGACCUCAAAGCUGCAGCAGCUGGUGGAGAACAUUGACAAGAAGAUGACAGAUCCCAACCAGUGUGUCAUUUGCCAUCGUGUGCUCAGCUGUCAGAGUGCCCUCAAGAUGCACUACCGUAUCCACACAGGCGAGAGGCCUUUCAAAUGCAAAAUAUGUGGCCGUGCUUUCACCACCAAGGGCAACUUGAAAACUCACUUUGGGGUUCACAGGUCCAAACCUCCUUUACGAGUGCAGCACUCUUGUCCCAUUUGCCAGAAGAAGUUCACCAACGCUGUGGUGUUGCAGCAGCACAUACGCAUGCAUAUGGGAGGUCAGAUUCCAAACACACCUCUGCCUGAGAGUUUUCAGGAAAUGGACACUGAUUUUUCCUUUGAUGAAAAGAGCUUAGACGACAUGAGCAAUUAUGACGAUGACCUGAUUGAUGAGAUGGAGCAGGCCAUGGAGGACGAACCAGAUUUGAAAGACAUAGAUGUGGACCCAUCCAAAUCAACAUUUUCAUAUGGAGAGAUGUCACCUAUCAACUCUCCCCCAACCCCAGUAAUCUCCAGCAUUGCUGCUUUGGAGAACCAAAUGAAGAUGAUUGACUCAACAGCAAAUAUGAACCGCGCCUUUAGCCUGAAGCCCUCAGAAAAUGGCAUUGGGAUUGGUGGAGAAGGUGGCGAUAUGCUUGGGAAUGACUCAUCUUCUGCAGUGGGUGACUUGGAGAAUCACAGCGUGGGGAGUCCGGCUCUGUCGGAGUCAUCAGGUUCCAUGCAGGCUCUCUCUCCUGUCCACAGCCAGUCUGAGAGCCAUCGCUCCAGGUCUCCAGGGCUGGUCAACACUAGCAGCAGCAAUGCUGCAGAGGAGGCCCAAGAGUCCAGCAAUGCAACAGCAACUGUAAAGUCUGAGAAGUCAGAGACUCCUUCCCCAGGAACUGUACCAGCAGAACACACUGGAGCCUUAGACCUCACAGCUGCUCAGCCAACUAGGCCUUAUGUUAAAGAAGAGAAUCAGUUCAGCAUGCUGUUCUUGGGAAGAGACAGAGGAUUAAAUGUUCCCAGCUUGAUGAGCUCGGCGCCGAGCAUGGUCAAACUCGAGAUGAACGGGCACAGCAAGCCACUGUCCUUGAGCGAGGGCUCGCACUUGCACAUGAGCCUCCAGGUGCCCGCUGCAACGCCUCAGACAACAAUGAGCCCCAACCUCACCCCGAUGCUGGCACCUCCACCACCCCGCCGGACCCCCAAGCAGCACAACUGCCACUCAUGCGGGAAAAACUUCUCCUCAGCCAGCGCCCUGCAAAUCCACGAACGCACACACACGGGUGAAAAGCCCUUCGCCUGCUCCAUCUGCGGCAGAGCCUUCACCACAAAGGGCAAUCUGAAGGUCCACAUGGGUACCCAUAUGUGGAACAACGCCCCAGCUAGGAGAGGGCGCCGUCUCUCCGUGGAGAACCCCAUGGCCCUGCUGGGUGGCGACGCAAUGAAAUUCAGCGAGAUGUUUCAGAAAGACCUCGCUGCACGGGCGAUGAACGUGGACCCAGGAUUUUGGAACCAGUACGCAGCAGCCAUCACCAACGGCCUGGCCAUGAAAAACAACGAGAUUUCCGUCAUUCAGAACGGAGGUAUUCCUCCGCUGCCCAUCAGCCUCGGCGGGAGCGGCAUCCCCUCGCUGGGAAGCAUGUCAGGGGGCAUGGAGAGGGCACGCACUGGGAGCAGCCCCCCGAUGACUGGCCUCGAGAAGACUAGCCUGGACGUGGGAGCUGGACGUCCCUUCUCCAGGUUUUUGGAGGACAGCAAAGAGAUUGGGAUCAAUUAACGAGUAUUUCGAGGAGAAAACGCGGGAACGGACUCGAGACUCGAGAGUUAAGAUGUGGAAGGUUACACUUUAUCCAGUUUGGUCUCUUAUGUACUAUAUUAUGUACAGCUGAAGUUUGAUAUUCUGUUUGGUUUUGGAUCUAUAGUAUUCGGUAUUGAGUAGAGGUAUUUUCCCCAUCCUCCCAUUUCUCCUGUUUCACCUAUGAAGAAAAACUGUCUCAUGUUUGAGAAUCUGUUGUCUUGCAAGAUUUGCAUGGUACUUAUUGGUUCUUAUCAGUACACUCGACUGCUUUUGAGGAUUAUGUCACAAAAAAAAGAAUAUCUUUACUCAGUUGAUAUGGGUAAGACUCUAAAACUGUAAAAAAGAAGAAAAAAAAGAAGAGCAAUCUCUAUGUGGAUGAACUGACUUUUGUUUACCUGACUACAGUGUAUGUUUUGAGGUACAAGAAAGGGGAAUAGGUGAAACGAAGUACAUCGUUGUAGUGCGCGCUUAUUAUUAUUAUUAUUAUUUUUUUCACUCAUGAAGUAGAUACUUGAUGGAAAAAAAAGGUUUGAACUAUUUUAAUCUUUGCAUUUAGUCUGUUGGCAUUGUCUUAUCUUAAUGUCCAGUGUCUUUAGUAUUUAUAAUAUUCACAAAAAGCGGGUAUAAGAAAAUAUAUUUAAUGGCCCCAACAUUUUAUUGACCUUUUUUUUCUAAACUUUAGACUUCUAUUAUGGCUGUCUCUUUCAAUAAAGAAAAAAAUGUCACUUCAUCUGACCAAUGCAACACACAUUGUGAAGUUUUAUUUGGAUAUCUAGCACACGUGAGUGUAACGGACCUGGUACACAAGGCGAAAAAAGGCUAGGAUAUCAAAGCUGCUGCCUUUACAGACUUGCUUUUAACCUUUGUAAAGAAAAGAGACAGAGAUAUACAGAAACUUAUUGUGUAUAGAGUACAAAACUGGUAUGCAUAUUUUGUAACAUGAAAAAGGAUAUCCUGAUUUGAAAUUUGUCAUGUUUGUGAAUGCACUUUUUAGAGGAACGGUCUUGUCUGUGAGUUAUCAUUAACAAUCUGACUGAGCUAUCUAUCUAUCUAUUUCUCUUUUUUGUUUGUUUUUUUGUUUUUUUUAUUCCUUUCUUUCUUUCGCCCGUGGGGUUUCUUAACGUGAGUCACCGAGGCGGAUCUGGAAAAAGGACUGAGGGUGAAACGGUUGCGGCCCUGUGCUGAAAUCUGAAAUCCUUACACCUUCAGUCGCAUCAAACUCUAAUAAAAUUGUGAGAACGGA